UCUGACCUCUGCUGUGUUCUCUCUGCUCUCCAGAACCACAUGCCCUGGGAAGAACAACCAGGCGCAAAGCCCAUUUGCUCCUGCGGUCAGAAAGCUUUUCACACUGAGCCAGCUCAGAGGCCAUUCUCCACCACUCAGAUGGUAAUGCGGACCCUUCCCUCUGCCUCUGCAGAGGAUGUCCUCAGGGAGGCUCCUUCACAGCCCAGGAGCAUCCCUCAGCAACCACACAGCUUGGAUGAUCUGUGGCUGGAGAAGAUGCAGAGAAAGAAGCUGGAGAAGCAGGCCCAGGCUGAAGGGAAGAUGCGUACUGGGAUAGUGCACAAAGAUCAAGCCAAAUGUUGGAGGAAGACGAUCGCUACCUCUCCAGAAUCUUUGAAUUUCCCUGAAAAAAGCCAUCCACUCUCUCAGAGUGCCCCAACAGGACUGAACCACAUGGGCUGGCCAGAGCACACACCUGACACCGCGAUGCCCAACGGAGCUCUGGACACGGCUAUCCGCGCUGACGAGGCUGGUAGUGAGGAGGACCUGUAUGAGGACCUACACGGCUCCAGCCACCACUAUAGCCACCCUGGAGGGGGUGGCGAGCAGCUGGCCAUCAACGAGCUCAUCAGCGAUGGCAGUGUGGUCUGUGCUGAAGCAUUGUGGGACCAUGUUACCAUGGACGACCAGGAACUGGGCUUCAAAGCUGGGGAUGUCAUCGAAGUGAUGGACGCCACCAACAGAGAGUGGUGGUGGGGCCGCGUUGCUGAUGGCGAGGGGUGGUUUCCAGCCAGCUUCGUACGGCUGCGGGUGAACCAGGACGAGCCCGCGGACGAUGAGGCCCCGCGAACCGGGGACGGCGGGGGCGAGGACGGCGGGGAGGAGGCGCAGAGCAGCAAGGACCAGAUGCGGACCAACGUCAUUAAGGAAAUCCUCAGCACCGAGCGGGACUACAUCAAGCACCUGCGCGACAUCUGCGAGGGCUACAUCAGGCAGUGCCGCAAGCGCGCAGACAUGUUCAGCGAGGAGCAGUUGCGGACCAUCUUCGGGAACAUCGAAGACAUCUACCGGUGCCAGAAGGCGUUUGUGAAGGCCCUGGAGCAGAGGUUCAACCGGGAGCGCCCGCACCUGAGCGAGCUGGGUGCCUGCUUCCUGGAGCACCAAGCGGACUUCCAGAUCUACUCAGAGUACUGCAACAACCACCCCAAUGCUUGCGUGGAGCUCUCCCGGCUCACUAAGCUCAGCAAGUACGUGUACUUCUUCGAGGCCUGCCGGCUGCUGCAAAAGAUGAUCGACAUCUCCCUGGAUGGCUUCCUGCUGACCCCGGUGCAAAAGAUCUGCAAGUACCCUCUGCAGCUGGCUGAGCUGCUCAAGUACACACACCCCCAGCACAGGGAUUUCAAGGAUGUUGAAGCUGCCUUGCAUGCCAUGAAGAAUGUGGCCCAGCUCAUCAAUGAACGGAAACGGAGACUUGAAAACAUUGACAAGAUUGCUCAGUGGCAGAGCUCCAUAGAGGACUGGGAGGGGGAAGAUCUCUUGGUCAGGAGCUCGGAACUCAUCUACUCGGGGGAGUUGACUCGAGUUAUACAGCCUCAAGCCAGGAGCCAGCAAAGAAUGUUUUUUCUCUUUGACCACCAGCUCAUCUACUGUAAGAAGGACCUGCUGCGCCGGGACGUGCUGUACUACAAGGGCCGGCUGGAUAUGGACGGUCUGGAGGUGGUGGACCUGGAGGACGGGAAAGACAGAGACCUCCACGUGAGUGUCAAGAAUGCCUUCCGGCUGUGCUGUGGCACCACGGGGGACAGCCACCUGCUGUGCACCAGGAAGCCUGAGCAGAAGCAGCGCUGGCUGAAGGCCUUUGCCAGGGAGAGGGAGCAGGUGCGGCUGGACCAGGAGACAGGUUUCUCCAUCACCGAGCUGCAGAGAAAGCAGGCCAUGCUGAAUGCCAGCAAGCAGACCACAGGGAAGCCCAAAGCUGUCGGCCGGCCCUGCUACCUGACGCGCCAGAAGCACCCGGCACUGCCCUCCAGCCGGCCCCAGCAGCAGUUCUUGGUGCUGGCGGAGCCCAGGCGGAAGCCAUCCACCUUCUGGCACAGCCUCAGUCGGCUGGCACCCUUCCGCAAGUGAGCCAGCACCCACCUGACAGCACUCUGCAGACCUGCCCGCCAGCAGUCCCCAGCUUUUCCUCCCUGAGGUUCACUUCUGGCCCUCCUUUGCCUAUUUUGAGCAGAGCUGAGCAAGGGAGUCGCUGGGUGCCACCAGGAUGUGUCAGGUCUGUGCUCCUGUUCUUGGUUUCUUCACUUCUGGUACAGUGAGGAGACCAGCAGGAAGAGGCAAGACCCCGCACGUGCAGCACCCCCCCGCAGCCUGGGCCCCCCCCCCGCCUAUGACCCAGACCUGUGGGGUGCCUCCACUGCCUGUGAACCUGGGAAUCACAGCUCAGAACCACCGACCGGGCUGACAUGCAGAAGGCACUGGCUGCUCUGGACCCUCUUCUUUGGAAAUCUGAUUAUCCCUCCUCCUCCCAUUUUCUCUGGGCAGGAGAGACCAACUUUCUGGCCUUUGGCCACCUGCAAAGACAGGCCAUGUGUCCUUCAGCCCUUCAAUUCUUUUAGGUCCCCACCCACAGCCCAGCCAGUGGUGUCAGGCAGCUUGCAACCUUGGAGGGUAGUAAGC